GGAAUAAAUAAAUGCAGCAUUUUUUCUUAUUUUAGGACAUGGUGCCGUAAGCAUUUUCGGGAAGUUUUUUUCAAGUUUUUUUGUGACAAUGCUUCGAUUAUUUUUUUGUAAUUUCCCCAUAUUUAUCCGUCUCAGUUUGGAGCGGCAUUUCGUUCCAAGAAAUCAAUGGUCAUUGACAUUCGUUUGACGUGCAGUCGGCGUAUCGUAGCGGGUUUCUGUUGCCAGAGCUAUUUUCUUGGUAAACACGCGGAAAGCAAACAAAUUCCGUAAUUUCUGUCCUCUGUGUACAGUAGAACAGCCAAUUUCUCACUGUAUAUGCGUAUUUUCUACUCCGCUGCAUAUCGUUUACUCACUACUACAAUGGAAUCGAAGUCUCCAUACUUCUCACCGCGCAAAACACAAAAUUACGCCAAGAAAGAGGGCUUAACUCUGCUGCAGAAAGCUGCCCAAGGGCUCAACCCGCAGGAAAAGCAUGCUUCCAGUAGCAAACCACCGGCACGCGGGCUCAAGGCCAAGGACGAAAGCGGCAGUGCGGUGAAUGGUGUCGCACAAGAGAAACCUACCAAAAAGGCGAUUCAAAAGCGUGCAACCAAUAUCCGUACUGAGGCACUCGCUACUGUAAAGAAUGAAAUUGUUACAAAAGAAAAGUCUGACGAAACCGUCGUAUCACCGCAAUUGGGGAAUGAAAAGACGCCAGAAAAGCAGCCAGACACAAACGGCGAUGUCGAAAGUGGGAAUGAAAUGAUGGGCACUAGCAGUGCCAUAUUACCGCAGACAGAAGUAAAAAUUAAUGUCGAGCCUGUGGACGAUGAUACGAUGCCAGAGCUAACCAGUUCCGUGCCGGAGAAAACUCCGAUCAAACGCGAGCCAGCAGGGACUGACCAUUGUGUGAGUACUGAGGCACUCGCUACUGUAAAGAAUGAAAUUGUUACAAAAGAAAAAUCUGACGAAACCGUCGUAGCACCGCAGCGUGGGAAUGAAAAGACGCCAGAAAAGCAGCCAGACACAAACGGCGAUGUCGAAGGUGGGAAUGAAAUUAUGGGCACUAGCAGUGCCAUAUUACCGCAGACAGAAGUAAAAAUUAAUGUCGAGCCUGUGGACGAUGAGACGAUGCCAGAGCUAACCAGUUCCGUGCCGGAGAAAACUCCGAUCAAACGCGAGCCAGCAGGGACUGACCAUUGUGUGAGUACUGAGGCACUCGCUACUGUAAAGAAUGAAAUUGUUACAAAAGAAAAGUCUGACGAAACCGUCGUAGCACCGCAGCUGGGGAAUGAAAAGACGCCAGAAAAGCAGCCAGACACAAACGGCGAUGUCGAAGGUGGGAAUGAAAUGAUGGGCACUAGCAGUGCCAUAUUACCGCAGACAGAAGUAAAAAUUAAUGUCGAGCCUGUGGACGAUGAGACGAUGCCAGAGCUAACCAGUUCCGUGCCGGAGAAAACUCCGAUCAAACGCGAGCCAGCAGGGACUGGCCAUUCUCCUAUCAAACGAGAGCUCGAAAACGAUAACACUGAUGACUCAACCGUCGCCAAAGAGUCCAAGUGGGAGCCCAAAAACUGGCGUCAGACGAUGGAAAACAUUCGCGAAAUGCGCAGAGCCAUUCUGGCCCCGGUCGACACGAUGGGUUGCGAUCAGUUCGCUCAGGACCAAGGUGCCACGGAAGUGCCGGAACGUGUGAAACGCUACCACUGUCUGGUGUCGCUGGUGCUGUCGAGCCAAACAAAGGACCAAGCGAACCACGAAUGUAUGCUGCGGCUGAAGAAGCACGGUCUUACGCCGGAAUCGAUCGUUGCCACCGACAGUGCUGUGUUGCAGAAGCUUAUCUACCCUGUCGGAUUCUAUAAGAACAAAACUCGCUUCAUCAAGGAGAUGUCCCAAAUUUUAAUCGACCAGUACGGAGGAGACAUUCCCAACAGCAUCGAAGGUUUGCUCAAGCUGCCGGGUGUGGGUAAAAAAAUGGCCCAUCUUUGCAUGCGCAGCGCCUGGAACAUUGUGACCGGCAUCGGGGUGGAUACGCACGUACACCGCAUCGCCAACUGGCUGGAGUGGGUGCCGAAGGAAACGAAAAAUCCGGAAAAAACGCGCCAAGCGCUGGAGAAGUGGUUACCGUACGAGCUGUGGGAUGAGGUGAACCAUCUGCUGGUUGGUUUCGGACAAACCAUCUGUACGACGCGCUUUCCGCGCUGUAAUGACUGUUUGAACGCGUCCAUCUGCCCGGCACGUGGCAAACAGAAGAUACGCAACACGCCGAUCAAGAAGAAGGUUAAAAUGGAGGAUUUGGAGUUUUGAACCGGAUCUUUUUUCCGUUGAGAUUAAAUUGAGUAUUUCUAACUUUUUUUUACAUCAUCUUCCAGUACAAACAGAACAAAGUUCUUUCCGUGUGCAUGAAAAAUAAACGUUCAAAAAAUCUUUUUGUUAACAGAA